AUGCACGAUCAUUGUCAAAAGUUAGCGGUUGAAUUUGGCGAGCAAUCUCUUACUAGCAAUGAAGUUACCUUUCAUGCACAACAAAUCGUCACGUUUUUAGUGGAGAACUACAAUCUUAAAUCGAAAGAUGUCGUGUAUCUAUACGUUGAAAAUGAUCUGCCGAAGGUAAUCGGAACUAAAUCAAUCGAGUUGGCGGGUGCUGUUUGUCAAUCUCUUUCGUCUCCAGAUUCUCCUCCUCAAAAUCGCUUAGUCUUGGUUGAUUGGUUAACGCAAGAUAAAAUCAAAGAUAAUGUGAUUACAUUAAGUAUUGAUCGAAUGAUUCACACUGGAUGUAAAUCGUCAAAAAACGACGAAAUACGAAGUAUCGAACCAAACUUAUUUCAAAAUACCGCCACUAAACUCUGCAUACCAAAGAUCAAUGAUGAUUCGAUCAUUCUCCUCGAUGAGCACGAGAAUAUUAUCUUUCGAAGCAAAUAUUCAUGCAGUGAGAUAAUCCAUCAUAUUAGAGAUUGGGACAGUCUAGUCGAACUCUUCGCUGAUGACUUGCAUGCCGACACGAUUUGCAACGACAUUUCUCGAUAUAUUACCGAAAGUAUCAAAAAGCUAACACCAUAUUACACUACACAAAUCAUGUUAAAGCUUUGCAUAUACCGUCAAAAGUACAUCGAUAAUCUGCUACAACAACUAAUGGACUUCUUUCCAUAUAGAUUAAUUAUUCAGAACGAUUCCGGGAGUAAAGAUCCCGAAUCAGAUUAUGAUAUACGUAUUGGUUCAACUGAUGGUAGCGAUGCGGACAUUGAUGCCUGUAUGAUAUUCAAUGAAUUCUUCUCUCAACAUUGGUCUUUACCAUCAGGAAUUGUAUUUGAUACGAAUCUCUAUCCGAGACAUUUGAAUACCGUCGAGCCGAUAUUUAAUGUUCAAGGAACUGGAUUAGGCAUAUUUAGGACCAUACGAUGUGAUUAUCCAUAUUAUUUCUUUACGGAGAUCAAUGAUUAUAAGCAGAAUAAAAUGUCGAUGAUCAAAUUACGAAAGUCAAUGACUGGAAAAGAAUGGCAAGAUUAUAUAAAUAGAAUAACGAAAGCGGAUUCCUCAUUAAGAGAAUUUUUCUAUCGUGCUGAUACAACAUAUUGGAAAUAUACGAAAAAAUUACUCACACAGAUAUCUAAACCAAAUAAGUUAAUUCGCGAUACAUUAAACGAAAUCGCGAAUAUUGUACCAACCAUCAAAACGGAUCGAUACGAUACGACGAGAUUCGAAUAUUUAUGGUCGAAAGUUCAUGGUCGAAUGCGACCUGCCUUAAUGGAACACAGCAGCAUCUUGUUUAUAUCAUAUCUCCGACAAGCUCGAAAUCUCGAGCGCGAAAUUCGAAACCGAAAAGAUCGAUACGACAAUUCGUUUUUGCAUCCGAUCCUCUGCAUACCCCCGAAUGAAAUGGCAUAUAUCGACGCGCUGACUGUCUCCAUGCGGCAUAAAUUCUCCAAAGCCAUCUAUUUUGCGAACGAUGCAUGCGUCGCCGAAGGUUCAAUGUAUUACGUCAGUGUCGAACAGUACAACAAUCAUGUUGACGUAUCCUAUGUAAAGGAUAAAACAUUGCGAACAAAUCUUUUAACGAAUAAUCAAUUGUACCAAUCCAUGAAUGAACAAUACGGAAAUUUUCUGAAGUAUAUCAAAAGUUACUCGAACAAGCAAGUUCAUAAUGGACGGACGAUCUAUCGAAGCAGCAAAUAUUUGUAUCGACUAGUCAAUACGAUGAUAGAUUUAGGUGCAAAUCAAUGGAAUCGAAUGGGCUUUGAUAAUGAUCAGCACGGGAAAAGAUUAGGAUUGCUGGUGAAGGAAUGUUUAUUGUUUAUUCGGAAAUAUAAAUAUCCAUAUAAUGAAAUGAAUUCCAAUGAUCGUGCGGAGAUAAGUGAAUAUUUUGCAUUAGGGAUAUUUCCAACUGAUCGGCAACUACAAAUAUUUUGGGAAUACCGAAGAUCAACACUGGAUAGGUCAUCGGAAUUGUACAAAUAUCGAAGUUAUACGUGGGAA